GUUCACUUGAGUCAUGCAGGAGAGACAAGGCACACCUCUGGGAACGCUGCAGCCACAGACACGGUGUCUGCGAUGUGGAGACGUGCUGGAGUGGUCCGAGGAGCACAGCAUCCUGCUGGGCUGCUCCUGCUGCUCUACAGUGGAUGAGACGCUGGAAAAUGUAGCCAGAGGUCUUGCCAGCAGAAUGAAGAGGGAGAAGAGUCACUGGGCAGCUGGAAGAGUGGGCGACAUUGACUUUGUUGGCCCGACGAAGACAAGAGGAAAGUUUGUGAGGGUGCGCAGCAACACAGACCCAGUGCUCAUCUACCAGAUGCUGACAGAGGACUGGGGCCUCGCUCCCCCACACCUGGUGGUGGCACUGGUGGGAGGAGAUGAGGUGGCUCAGAUGAAGCCGUGGCUCAGGGACACUCUAAGAAAAGGACUUGUGAAGGCUGCACAGAGCACAGGGGCAUGGAUUUUGACUAACGGCCUUCGCUUUGGCAUCACAAAGAACUUGGGCCGGGCGGUGAGGGAUCACUCGCUGGCCAGCACCUCUUCUAAAGUUCGUGUCGUGGCCAUUGGCAUCGCACCCUGGAACAUGAUCCACAACCGAGAGGCGCUGCUCACCAGCCACUACGCCAAGGUGGAUGAGCCUGUUGUGUACAAACCACAGGACCUGCCUCACGGGUCUGUGUAUUCCCUGGACAGCAACCAUUCCCACUUUGUGCUGGUGGAGGAGGAUCCGAACAAACCAGGAGCCACCAGUGAAAUGAGGGUGAAGCUGCUCAAGCACAUCUCCCUUCAGCGUACUGGUUACGGAGGGGAUCUGGCCAAAAAUGUGCAGGUAGGGGCGGUACAGGGCUCUGCGAAACACCCAGUCAAUCCUUGGGUCAUUGGGGUGGAGAAGAGCCUGAGUGGCGACACCGCGUGCGACCUUGAAGAGGUGAUGAUGGACGCGCUGAUCAAUGACAAACCAGACUUUGUGCGCCUUUUUGUGGACAAUGGCGUGAACUUGGGCGAGUUCCUCACCUACGGUCGCCUGCAGGAGCUUUACUGGUCUGUGUCUGAGAAGAGCCUCUUUCACAACCUGCUCCUCAAAAAGUACGAGGAGAAGCAGCUUCUGCUUGGAGCAGCCAGGACGCCUGGUCCGCCUGGGCACCACCCACCCGAGCAAGGGGACCGGAAACCCAGAUUCACCCUUUAUGAGGUUGCCAAAGUGCUGAAAGACUUUCUCCAUGACUCCUGCAAAGGCUUUUACCAGAAGAUUUCCACAGAGAAGCCAGCAAAGGGUCGACUGUUCCACAGCCAAAAGAACCUGGCCGAAUUAGAAGAGGGCUGCGAACAUCCUUGGAGGGAUCUCUUCCUUUGGGCCGUCCUUCAGAACCGACAGCAGAUGGCCAACUACUUCUGGGCUAUGGGCCCCGAGGCGGUUGCGGCAGCGCUGGCGGGUUGUAAGAUUCUGAAAGAGAUGGCACGACUGGAAUCUGAGGCUGAGUCUGCACGUAGUAUGAAGGAGGCGAAGUAUGAGCAGUUCGCCCUUGAUGUCUUUGGAGAGUGUUACUCCAACAGUGAAGACAGGGCUUACGCUUUGUUAGUGAGGAGGACACACUGCUGGAGCAAAUCUACGGUCCUUAACUUGGCCACAGAGGCAGACGCCAAAUCUUUCUUCGCCCACGAUGGAGUUCAGGCUCUCCUCACAAAAAUUUGGUGGGGGUCGAUGACGACAGACACAGCCAUCUCCAAACUCGUGGUGUCUUUCUUCUGUCCUGCACUCAUCUGGACCAACCUUAUAAAGUUCAGUGACGAGGAAGUUGAUAAUCGUAAUGGCCAUGAGCAGUUUGUGGAACUGGACAGUUUGGACACUGAAAAGGCUCUGCUGUUAACCGAUGAUGAUGACCCUUUGGACAAUUCACCUGGAGGUCCAGCCACUCAGAGCUGUGCCUCUGUCUGGUGGCGUUUCCUGCUCCGCCGCUGGCGUCGCUUCUGGAGCGCUCCUGUCACCGUGUUCCUCGGUAAUGUCAUCAUGUACUUCGCCUUCCUCUUCCUCUUCACCUACGUGCUCCUGCUGGACUUCCGCCCACCGCCACCUUUAGGCCCCGGAGCCCCGGAGAUAAUGCUGUACUUCUGGGUCUUCACCUUGGUGCUGGAGGAAAUCCGACAGAGCUUCUUCACAGAUGAAGAGAUGAACAUCUUGAAGAAGUUCAAACUCUAUGUGGAGGACAACUGGAACAAGUGUGACAUGGUUGCCAUCUCACUGUUUGUUGUUGGGGUUUCAUGCAGGAUGGCGAACAACACGUACGAGGCAGGAAAGACGGUUCUGGCGAUUGACUUCAUGGUGUUCACUCUACGUCUGAUCCACAUCUUUGCCAUUCAUAAACAACUCGGCCCCAAGAUCAUCAUCGUGGAAAGAAUGAUGAAGGACGUUUUCUUCUUCCUUUUCUUCCUGAGCGUGUGGAUGAUUGCGUACGGUGUCGCCACUCAGGCUCUUCUCCACCCCAAUGACCCAAGGAUUGACUGGGUGUUUCGCAGAGCCCUGUACCGCCCCUACCUGCACAUUUUUGGCCAGAUCCCCUUAGAGGAAAUAGAUGCUGCUCGCAUGCCUGAAAUUAACUGCACCAAUGACUCAGAGGAGAUUAUCAUGGGCCUGCGGCCGCCAUGUCCCAACAUCUACGCCAACUGGCUGGUCAUCCUGCUGCUGGUUAUCUUCCUUCUUGUCACCAAUGUCCUGCUGCUAAAUCUGCUCAUCGCCAUGUUCAGCUACACCUUCCAGGUGGUGCAGGGAAACACCGACAUCUUCUGGAAGUUCCAGAGAUACAACCUGAUUGUGGAGUACCACAGUCGUCCAGCGCUGGCCCCACCCUUCAUCAUCAUCAGCCACCUCUCUCAGCUCCUCCUCAGCCUCGUCAAACAGCCUGCGUCCAAGCAGGAGCAUCUCGAGAGGGAGCUGCCGGCGGGGCUAGACCAGCUAAUAACAUGGGAGACGGUGCAGAAAGAGAACUACCUGGCCAAACUGGAGCGCCAGCAUUGGGAGAGCAGUGAGGAGAGACUCAAGAGCACCUCUUCAAAAGUUCAGAGCUUGCUGAGGAUUGUCGGAGGGUUCAAGGACCAAGAGAAAAGACUGACAUCCAUGGAGGCUCAGGUCAGAUAUUGUGGAGAGGUGUUGUCCUGGAUGGCCGAGUGCUUCGCUCAAAGCACACUCAAGUGCGGCAAAGAAGCUCCAAGAGCUCCAACGUCUCUCUCAAGCUGCAAGGCAGGCGGCACUUCGGACGCACCUCAAAGUCAACCAGAGAAAGAAGUCAAACAAGAAGCGGCUGAAGCCAAACCAGGUCUAUCAGGAUAUGGAGCCAACAAAAAAUUUCCUUACAUUGAUGAAUAA